UUUAUUCUGUGUGCAAGGAUUAUGAUGUCAGGACUUCUAGGGAAAUGUGGAGGAGGAUGCAGAGCCAGCAGCCACCAGAAGGAUGAGAUGGCCAUUCCUCCCCAUCCUAUGCCUUGCCACUUUCUGGCCAACACAAGCCAAGGAUUCCAGCUGCGAUGGCAUCUGUGGGCGACGGCCGCUGGCGACGAGUCACGAACUGCUACGAGUCGUUGGUGGCACAGAUGCCCUGCCAGGAACAUGGCCCUGGCAGGUUAGCAUCCAAAUGGUGAAGUACAGAGGCUACGAAAACAUCUGCGGAGGUGUGCUGAUCAGUGCACGUUGGAUGCUAACGGCAGGUCAAUGUGUUGUGGUAGAAAACUAUCUACCCACCUACAAGUUGAUCAUUGGCGCCAAUCGGCUGUCCAAGCUUGGUCCUGAUGUUCAGGUUCGCCGCGUCAAAAGAGCGGUGAUGCAUGAAGGUUACGAGGAUUUAAUUCUGCGCAAGUGGGGAAUCAGGAAUGACAUGGCCGUAGUCGAACUGGACGAGCCGGUCACCUGCACCGACUAUGUCCAGCCCGCCUGUUUGCCAGACGAGACCGUGCCUGUCUGGGCGCUAGACCACUGCUAUGUGAGCGGUUUUGGGACCACGCGCCACACAUCGACCGUCAUGUCCGACGUCUUGCAGGAGGCAAAGGUUGAUAUCAUUCCCAAAGAGGUCUGCGAAGGCGAAGGCUGGUGGUUCAGGAGUCUCCAUCCAAACAACAUAUGUGCCGGAAAAGCUGAAGGAGGGGUUUCCCCUUGUACGGGUGACAGUGGCGGGCCCCUCAUGUGCCGGGAAGACAGGUCUGAGCGCUACUGGGUGGUGGCAAUCGUCAGCUGGGGAGCCAAAGCCUGCUCCAAGGCCAAGAAACCCAUCGUCUUCACCAGAACCCAACCGUACCUUGACUGGAUCAAAGAAACCACCCAGGAGAACCUUUUCAUUCCCAAGUUUCCACCACACUUGGCGCUGAUCUACACUACAACGCCAACCACCACCACCACCACCACAACCACCACAACCACCCCAACCACCACACGGACUUAUCCCACCAUCCGCACAACGCCAUUUAGCGUUCGGCCCACGACUUGGCCCGUCUAUAAGCCAGGCUGGGGAUUCUGGGCAACAAACCAUAACACCUUGAGUCCUGAGGACUGGAAUCGCUUGGUCGCAAAGUACGGCGGUAAGCUCAGACCUACGACCAGCCCGAAGCCUGGCCCUCGGCCGAUUGCACUUAACCUCGGGGGUCCCAUCUAUCUGUCCCGUCCUCCCGUUAUCAUGAAGCCCACCUAUUUUCCCAGGCCUGCUACCACCCAGCAGGCUACGUAUUGGCCGGUAUACCGCCCCAGGCCACAGCCUACCCCUGCCAGGCCAGUCUAUCGGCCCACCUAUCGGCCCACUUAUCGGCCCACCUAUCGGCCCACCUACUGGCCCACCUAUCGGCCUACCUAUCGGCCUACCUAUCGGCCCACCUAUCAACCCAGGCCCUCCGCCACACCGUGGGCCGUGCCCGGUGUGGCCAAGCCCACCUACAAGUGGACCAUCUAUAAUUCUCCCAUUGGCCAAUUCCAUCCAUUCCAGAGGCCAUGGACAACCAAGGGCCUCUCACGCUGGCAUGGCGUGGCUCCAAAUAACCCACCCUUGUUGCAAAGACAAAUUGUCAUCCCAUCUGAUUAUUAUGCUUAUUACAACUGGGAUGAGUUACUCGCCAGCCCCGAACCUGAGGUUCAGCCUCCAAAACAGCCACCAAAGCAAGCCCAGCCAGGUGUCGGAGACGCCCCGUGGCCAUCAGCCAUGGCAACUCGCUGCGUAGUCCAAGCGACACCAACGCUUUGCCCGGAAUGUGGCCCUGGUGGUCAGCUUCCAGUUCCUGACCAGAAGGGAUACAAGCAUUUCUGCACAGGGUCGCUCAUCAGUUCGCAAUGGGUCCUUUCGGCAGCGCACUGCUUCAUCAUCAAAAGUGAGGGAAACCAGGAAAUGCUGCUUCUGUGCAAAAAAGAGGAGAAGAAAACACCCUUUUGCAAAUUUUGUGCAACGUACAUCAAAGUUGAAUAUUGGAGGGUCCUCAUUGGGGCAACGAAACAGUCCAAGCCCAGCAGCGAUGCUCAGGCGCGCUCCAUCAAGAGACUGGUGGACCACAAGGGUUUCCACAAGUCGGGCCACAAUGAUAUCACCUUGGUGGAGCUGGACCAGCCUGUGCUUUGCAACGACUUCAUCCAACCCGCCUGUCUGCCGGAUGAACAUAUGAAAACAUCAAUGCUCACCCAUUGCUACGUCUGCGGCUGGGGCGUGAUGAAGGAGAGAGCAAAUCAUGUCAAAUACGCUGACAUUCUGCAAGAGGGCAAAGUCAAUCUGGUCCCUAAUGAAAAAUGCAACAGCCCCAAGUGGUACAACAUGGAGGUCAAGGACGACAACAUCUGUGCCAUUGGUGAAACAAAAACGAUUGACCGGUGCCAGGGUGACGGCGGCAGUCCUCUCAUGUGCCGGCCGGCGCGGUCAGAGCGCUUCUGGGUCAUCGGGAUCAACAGCUGGGAAACCAACUGCCUCCACAGACACAGGCCGGGCGUCUUCACGUCCACCAAGCAUUUCCACCGCUGGAUCCACCGGGUUGUGAAGAACCCACCCAAAUCUGCCCUUGUCCCCCCUUUCAAUCCAAGUCCCUCACCCCAGCCUCAGCACUCCACAGAAAGCAAGCCGCACCUUGUAUAUUAUCACGACGAGUUUGGGAACAGUUUCACAUUUUACCUCCUGGGGACCACCCCUCCCGAUGCGACGGUCAUCUAUCUGACCAAAACACCGGCAGCUUGGUCAGAGCUUGACUUUGGACGAUCCAGAAGGACAACUUCACCUCCUCUCCAUUCCCGUAUCCCUCCUGCUUCACCUUGGAGGUCACCAGAGACCAACCCUCCCCAGGUACAUCCAACCAGGCAUAAAAAAGCCCAUUCCACCACAGACCUGGACAGGAGCAGGCGUCCUCACCGCAGAGUGUCGAAAAGAAAGAUGCCCCACAAAGAGAAACGGCGGCGACCUGCCAAGCAUUUGACUACCAAGCAGCUUUGGCUCUGACCCCACAAUGUCGCUCUCCAUCCCAGCCAUGAUCCGGAAAGCCCCCAAAGCUACAAGAGCAGCGUUCUCCUGGUAUGAUCCAAAUCCAGCCCCUUGACCCUCUCCACCACUUUCGCCUCAUCCGUCCUCUUGCCCCUUGCCUGGUUUGCAAGUGCCUUCCUUCUGAAUUGUGCCAAAAAUGAAGAAAAGUCCAGGCAUCAAGCAAAAAACCUUACGCAAUCUCGGGUUACGGCAACACCAGCCUCCCAAGGUGUCUUCCGCAAGCGUGGGAACUGACCCAGCGGGACCUGACCCCAAAUCAAAACGUCAGUGACUUCCGCCCUUGAUCCGAAUCCUGCCCAUUGCAGUGACCAAACAGAUGGCAGCCAGACUUCGACGAAAACCCACCUUAAGGUGGUUUGGUUUAUUAAUUAAAUAAUUGAUUUAAAUAAUUAAUGUCUCAGUUCUCCCAAAGGGCAGUGCCAGGAGGAGCGCCGGGAGGGAUCUAUCCCAGGGGUGAUGUUAAAGGGGUGCAGGGGGUUCAGGCCACACUAGGUGAAACC